AUGUUGCUUACAUCUGCUCCACCAACACUCCCCAUGCCAAGGUUGCUAUCAACCAUCCCUAAAAAUAAAUCAAUAGCAUGUUGUGGAGGAACAAAUUAUGGCUCUACUCAAAGUAAGCCUAAUUCUGCACCUGCUAUUAAUUUUCAAGCAAAGGUCUUUCCCAAAGAAAAUGUCAUCACUUCCCCCAAACAAGAUGAUGAUAAAACUGUCACACCCGCAGCAGCUGCUAAGAAAAUACCACAACAUUUGAACUGGGAAUCGAGGAAGUUCGACGGGGUUUAUGAUACUUUUGGUGGAAAAUUGGGGCAGGGGGGCCUUGUUUUUCAACAGAACUUCUCAAUUAGAUCAUAUGAUUUAGGCCCUGAUGGCAAAGCAACCAUAGGGUGCUUGAUGGAACGCUUACAGGAAACUUCAGUUCAGCAUUGUAGGAGUCUUGGGGUCUAUGCUGGUGGUUUGGGUUCGACAGCAGAGAUGACCAAAAGAGGCCUAGUAUGGGUGAUGUGUAAAUUGCAGACUGUAGUGGAAAAAUAUCCUUCUUGGGCUGAAGUUAUUCAAAUAGACACCCGGACUGGUGCAUCAGGAAACAAUGGUCUGUUCCGGGAUUGGAUCUUUCGUGAUUACAUGACAGGAGAGAUCUUGGUUCGAGCAACGGGUCUUUUCAUGCUGAUGCACAUGAAGACAAGGAAAUUUUCUAAAGUUACAGCAGAAAUCACAGAUGAGUUAAGAUCUACUCUCAUGGAUUCUGAUCCUCUCAUUGACAUCAAAAAUGCUAAACUAGGACGAUUGGAUAUUGAUGCUAGAAACUACUUUCAAACAUCUGUAGCAAAGCCUGGUUGGAGUGAUUUGGAUGUCAAUCAGCACGUGAGCCAUGCAAAAUACAUAGACUGGGUUUUCGAGAGCAUUCCCUUCUCAGUGCUGGAGACUCAUGAGCUUUCAUCUUUGAGGUUGGAGUAUCGAAGAGAGUGUCAGAGGGACAGCGCGGUGCAGUCUCUGACUGCAGUUGCUAGAGAUGGAACAGGUGACUCCACUCAUAACCAAGGGGUAGAGUUUGAUCACUUGCUUCGCCUCGAGACAGGGUCUGAAGUUCUCAGGGCAAGGACCGUGUGGAGGCCAAGAUGUGAUGGCUUUUUGAGCACACUGAAGAUUCCAGCAACAAAUGGAUGUAACCCUAAUAUUAUAUGUAACUAG